AUGUCAUACCCGCAGCAUAAUCAAAUCAGCAGACAAGCUCCAGUUUUUAGCCAUGGGCCGUUUGAUAAAGCAUUUAAUAAAGUAAAAAACUGUGCCAGCUUUGGAAUUAGAGUCACAGGGGAAAGGAUGGCUUUGGAUCAAGAAUCUGGAGAGUGAAAACAGUAUUCUCAAGGAUUCGAAAUUAGAGGGGAAUCUGAAGAAGUCGCUAGAGAAAGAAUGGAAAAAGAAAUGGCCUUGGAAAUUGAAAAGAUAAACUAUGAAUAUCAGUUCAAAGCAAGCCAGGAACUCCAAAAAAUGAUAUUUGCAAAGUCCAAGCUUAACGGCGAAUAUGAAGAAAGGAUAAACGAAAUCGAAGCACAAGCUCGUUUGUAUAAGGAGCAGCUCGAUAGAGAUCUGAAAAUGUUUGAAAACGAAGUUGAGCACGCAAUCAAAAAAUCAGGCUUAGAUGGAGAUCGUCAGAUUAGUGAAAUGCAAAUGGAAACCCAAAACCAAGCAAUAGCAAAUAAUGGGCAAGUAAACUUAAAUAGAAUCGAUGUCCAAAGGCAGGUACAAACCAGAGAGCUAAAUGCACAGAAAGAAAUCAAUUUACUCCCCCUCAGCGAACAAAAAAAAUUUGCCAGUCGAGAUUUUUCGAAAUUUAUCAAAAAUCCCAAUUCGCAAAAAUUGGAAAAUGAAUAUUUAUUUAAUUUGUAAAGUUUAUGUUAUAAAUACAAGAUUUUAAAAUUAAAUAUAUAUAGAAGUAGCUAGAGAUUUAAUAAUACUAAUAUUUUUUUUAUAAAAAAGGGUUUUUUGAAAAUUUUUGUCACUCACUGAGGCUUCUACCCAAAAAAUAGGAAUUUUACAAAUUUGUUCGCUCACAGAUUGGGGGAGCUAGCAAGAAUGGCAAUUGAUAAGCAGUUAGCAGAUAUCGAAAAUUAUAAAAGAAGCCAGUUUGAAAAAGAAGCAAAUAAUUAUGAAAAAGAUAAAAAUCAAUUGGAAUGCAAUUUUAGAGCCAAUAUGGCCAGGCUGGAAUCUGAAAAGCAGAUUGCUAUCGCACAGAAAAGAAAUAAAAGGAGAUGGUAUCAAUUCUUCCAUAGUUAA